UUUCCACUUUCUUCCCUCCGAGUCUCUUAUAAGCAGGGAAAGUUUGACAAGUGUGCCUCAGUUUCUCCAUAGUCGCUUACUUGGAUUUGGUGACUGAUCUUCGGAGUGACGGAGUAAGUCCCUACAGGGCUCUCCUCUCUUUACUUCUCUCCAGCUAGAACUCCCUCAAGAUGGGUGACUGGAGUGCGUUGGGAAGACUUCUUGACAAGGUGCAGGCCUACUCCACGGCCGGAGGGAAAAUCUGGCUCUCCGUGCUCUUCAUCUUCCGGAUCCUAGUUCUGGGAACGGCAGUGGAGUCGGCCUGGGGUGACGAGCAGUCAGCUUUCAAGUGCAAUACCCAGCAGCCUGGUUGUGAGAACGUCUGCUAUGACAAAUCGUUCCCCAUCUCGCACGUGCGCUUAUGGGUGCUUCAGAUCAUCUUCGUGUCCACGCCUACGCUCCUGUACCUUGCGCACGUUUUCUACCUGAUGCGCAAGGAGGAGAAGCUCAACCGCAGGGAGGGGGAGCUGAAGGCCGUGCAGAACGACGGUGGUGAUGUCGAGCUCCAUCUCAAGAAGAUCGAGCUCAAGAAGUUCAAGCACGGCCUGGAGGAGCACGGCAAGGUGAAGAUGAAGGGUGCCCUGCUGCGCACCUACAUCGUCAGCAUCAUUUUCAAGUCCUUCUUUGAGGUGGGCUUCCUGUUGCUCCAGUGGUACACCUACGGCUUCAGCCUGGCAGCCGUGUACACGUGUGAGCGUUCACCUUGCCCCCACAGGGUGGACUGUUUCCUCUCCCGCCCCACGGAGAAGACCAUCUUUAUUGUCUUCAUGCUGGUGGUUUCGCUCGUGUCGCUUUUGCUCAACAUCAUCGAGCUCUACGUGCUCUUCAAACGGAUCAAGGAUCGCGUGAAAGGCCGCCAAAACCAGUUCACCACCGGCACCCUGAGCCCCACGCCGAAGGAACUGUCCACGACCAAAUACGCCUACUACAAUGGCUGCUCCUCGCCGACCGCGCCACUCUCGCCCCCGGGCUACAAGCUAGCCACCGGCGAGCGGACCAACUCUUGUCGCAAUUACAACAAGCAGGCCAACGAGCAGAACUGGGCCAACUACAGCACAGAACAGAACCGUCUGGGCCAGAACGGCAGCACCAUCUCCAAUUCGCACGCUCAGGCCUUCGACUACCCUGACGACACUCACGAGCACAAGAAACUGGCACCGGGCCACGAGCUGCAGCCGCUGGCGUUGAUAGACGCUCGGCCGUGCAGCCGCGCAAGCAGCCGAUUAAGCAGUCGAGCGAGGCCUGACGACCUGGACGUCUAGCUGUGCGACUUGGUGCCAAGUCACGACACUAGAGGACUGAUCCAGGCAAUGAGAUGCACUCAUUUCCUGUACUGAGGGGGCGGGGCUUCAUCCGCACAAGUUCCUCACUCUAGACUCUAGUCGAUACAGAGACAUAAAAUUACUCACACUGCUGGAGGUACUAUUCAUUAAUAAUGAUGUUGAAACUAGCAGAGCUAACAUGUCCUAACAACCGAACAGCCAGGGGGGACUCGAAGGGGCACAAACGGGUCCAAACCUGGCGCGUCUCUCAAUUCUGCCCACCAGAAUAUGCCUUGGUGAUGUGAUUGAUUUUGUUGUGCUUGUUAGUAUUGGGUUUAUUAAAAUGCCACACAACGAUUCCAUUUUAACAAGUUGCACUCCUACAGUAGGUGUAGAUUUGUAUUUUAACCCCUACAGUCAAUCCCGGUUA